AGAGCCCAGAAGGCGGAGGAGGCGGCCCCGCGGCCCUGCGGAGCGCAGACUCGGUGUCCCGAGUCCCGGUGUCCCGGAGAGCGGCGGAGCUGGCUCAGCAUGAGCCCGGCCGUGCGGAAGGUGCGGGCUGCGGGCGAGGGCCACUUCGUGUGCGUGCAGUGGGAGGACGGGAGCGAGAGCAGCUACCCCUGCGUGUGGCUGCGGGACAGCUGCCAGUGCCCACUCUGCUUCCUGCCCUCCGCCGGGGCGCGCAGGCUGCUCCUCGAGGAUCUGGAUGUCGACAUCGUGGUGAAGCAGGUUGCUCUAGCAGAUAGCAAAAAGAUCUCUAUUACAUGGCCUGAUGAGCACACAAGUGAAUAUGAAGCUGAGUGGUUGAAAAAAAGAUGCUUCUCUGAAGAAGCCAGAGCUGUAAUGCGAGCAGAUUUAUUUUUGCCAGAACAUAAGUACUGGGGCUCAGACCUUCAGCUUCCCAAAACACCUUUUGAAGAGAUCAUGUACAAUGAUGAAAGUGCAUACAGGUGGUUGUGCACGCUAAAGAAGGUAGGAAUUGUUCUACUGACAGGAGCUGCUACAAGGCAGGGAGAAUUGAUUAGACUUGGCCGCAGGAUUGGGUUCCUGCGUCUCACAUUUUAUGGACCGACUUGGCAAGUGCAAGACAAAGCAGAUGCUAACAAUGUAGCAUACACAACUGAGAGACUCUGCUUUCACACUGAUUACCCUGUUCUGCAGCAUCCACCCGGGGUUCAGUUUCUUCAUUGUAUAAAACAAACAGCUGCAGGAGGUGAAAGUGAAGUUGUAGAUGGAUUUCAUGUAUCCAACAAGCUGAAGAAACAAAAUCCUGAGGCAUAUCAGAUCCUGUCCUCUACUGCAGUAGACUAUGCUGAUGUUGGGGUGGAUUACUGUGAUUUUGCUGUGCACUGUAAACAAAGGAUUAUAGACACGGAUUCCAGAGGCCAAGCAAUUCGCAUCAAUUAUAAUAAUGCAACAAGAGACACGGUGUUUGAUGUACCAGCUGAAAAAGUGAGGCCAUUUUAUGCAGCUCUAAAGGAAUUUAAUGAUUUAUUGAACAGCACAGAACACAAGUUUACUUUCAAGAUGAAACCAGGAGACAUACUGACAUUUGAUAACUGGCGUGUGCUCCAUGGUCGCCAAGGCUACCCAUCCUGUUCAGAAGUGACACGUCACCUGGAAGGUGCCUAUGCAGACUGGGAUGUAGUCAUGUCAAGGCUCCAGCUCCUUAGGAAAAGGGUCCUGAAGAGGGAUUGAGCUUCCUUCUAAUUAGAAUGAGCAAACAUAGAUUCUCUAACCUCAAACACAACAGCAAUAUUAAAAAAAAUGAGUCUUCUUUUCAGAAACUACAUGAGUUUGACAAGGGCUUGUCAUAGAACUAAGGUAGAGGCUUUGAACUGACAGAGGGUAAGUUUUGCAGAGGGGCUGGAAUGAGAUGGUCUUUAAGGUCCUUUUCAACCCAAACCAUUCUAUGAGUCUGUCAUAAAUAUAUUUUUGGUUUCUAUAAGCUAAGAAACAUUUUGUUCAUAACAAUUUAAGAUUUAUCUGUGCCCUGAUCUUUGAAUCUAGGAAAUACAUUGCUAUGUCUGUAAGUUUCUGUGCUUUUAUAAAAGCAGUAUGCAAAGUGGCUUGAAAGAUUAUCACUUCACUGCAGAUCACAAUGCCUUCCUUUGCCUCUACAUAUCUACCUGCCCUCCCAAGAAGGCUUGAAAGAUAAAAGGAAAAAAGUAUCAUUAAGUAAAUUUUGUUAUGAACAACACCUUUCUUUAUUUUACUUUCGUACUAUCAAAAAAAAAAAAAAAACCACUGCCAUGAUGUUAUUUUUAAAAACACACCUUUCUAGGUAGGACUCUGCUGUAAUACAUGAUGUCAUUGAACAGAGGCUGUAUUUUCUAUAUCCCACUGUACAUGUUUUGAUUAUCACAGCCACAAAUAAUUUUCUUUACAUGCCCAAGUCCAUAAGCUCAGAAAUCAUAAACCUACCAAAGAAUGCAUCAUAUUAAUGUUCCUCUGCAAUAGGAAGAAUAAAUCACUCUCAGUGUAGAGGUCACAGAAAGGAUCAAAAAUCCUAUCAAAAAUCCUAAUGUAGAGGCCAUGUAAGGACCUAAGGUCUGUACAGCAGAUUUUUGAGUAAAGUCAAAAGGAGGAUUCCUGAUGAUGCUUGGUGGCUAGAAACUACAAAGCAGAAGUGGCUAUUGACUUUGCAUGUGACAGAAAUGUGGCAACUGAACCCAAAUCCAUUUUUGUUACACCCACCUCCAACAGGUCUUUAGGAUGUUUUCCUCUACUCUGGAUUCUGAAUAAAAAUCACAUUAUCUAGAAAUGACUGCAGCCAAAGUAGUGGAGUUCUUUCCCUACAUUCAGAUGCCAAAUGAAAAAAGAAAGAAUUUUAAAGUACUUGUUUUCAUACUCAACAACAUGUCCACUGAGUUUAUUUUUCACUGUUCUUAUAGCUGCAGAGUUAACAGGAUGCUCCUCACCAUGCUGCGAGCUGGACAAAAUAGCCACUCUUCCACCCUCAAAUCCUUCUGUUUACCUCUGUGUUUUCAAACUGUCCCUUCCAAGUCAAAUAAAUCCCAGUCUCUUCUUGGAAGGGUAACACAGAACUACAACUACAGAAUUAAAUAACCAUGGAAUUAAAAUAAGCCAGGUUAGGUGGAGCUUUGAGCAACCUGAUUUAGUGGACCUGAUUGAGGGGGACUGGAACUGGAUGGUCUUUAAGGUCCCUUCUCAGUCCACUCUAUGAUUCUAUGACCUAAAAUCAGUUUGCAAACACUUCCAUAGCUCCUGCUCAUCAUUUAACAACAGAUAUCAGCUGAAUAAUCAGACAAAACUCAAUUAGGCCUAUUUGUCGUAGGGCAGUUUGAAUGUAGUCCUCUUUAUUAAAUAGUGUAAUGUUAUUGACAAAGUUAUGACCUCAUUAAAUAGUCUAACAAAAUUGGGGUUUAGGGGUAAUUAAAUGUCUCAGUGCCUUCUGUAAUAAAUCUGGAAACAUGAGGAAAUUUUUUUUUUUUUGUCUUUGCAAGAAGGAAAAGCUGAGGAAAGAUUAAUACCUACAUUCAUAAUGCUCUGCAUUAACUGUGAUAUUUUUCAUAUAAAACUGGAGAGAAUGUUGCAAUUUAUAACAGUUAAGACAUCUUUUGAUUUAUACUAGUCGUUAAUAGGGAAGAGAUUAUUUUCCACUUGUAUUCUUUACUUUUCUGCACAUUUUAAUUAAAAUUUCUUUUUAUUAAAAGCUUUUAUGGAACUGA